CCGCGCGGUCAGGUAGUUCGCCGGCAACUCUCGUUUGGUUAACAAGCGUACCAAUUGUCCGUCGUCGUCGUCGUUGUCGUUUCGUAUUCCGCUGCCGUGCAGAUUUUAGAACCGUUACCGCGGUACGUUUCGUUCGAAUUCAAGUGUCAUAACCCGUUUUCGCGGACAAACGUCGUAACAGUGCGUCUGUGUUGUGUUUUUUCAUUAAUUCGUUUUAAUUUUAUUUCUAUUUUAUUUUUUCCUCCAAUUUAUCGGCGUCUCUCUCGUCCGUGGUGCACGGUUGAAGUGCGCGUGUGUCGUGAAAAAAACAACGAAUCGCCAGUACAUAAUAUGAUGCACCCUUCAACGUUCGUAUUGCUAUAAUAAUGGAUACGCGAUAACACGUAACCGAGAGAUUUGUUGCGGUUCCGUUUGAAAGGAUGGAUUGGUGGCGGUUUAUAGCUACAUGGACUCCGCUACUGUUCCUAUUCCUCUUGAACAAAGGAUACCGACAUGGCGUAUCAGCUAAAACAAGACUAUGCGAGACGGAAACUGGCCAAUCAAACAUUGUACUGGAUGUUGAAGAAAGUCGAGGGUCCCAAAUUAAUCAGCCAAUUAAACCGGCCGAGUUACCGAUCAUAGGAGAUCCUUACACUGACAUAUCUUUGGAUUUAAUAUUUUCAACAAAUAACGCAACAUUCGCACUAAUUGGGAAAACGAUUCAAUUAACUGAGCCACUGGAUAGAGACGCGGAAAAUUUGUCCCAUACUGUAUUUCAAGUUACGUGCGUGGUGAGGUCUACUCAAAAAAGGAGAACUAUUCCUAUAAUUGCUCGCAUAACCGACAUUAACGAUAACGCACCAGUGUUUUUGAAUACACCGUAUCAAGUAUCAGUUCCUGAGUUGACACCAGUCGGAACAUCUGUAGCAACUGUGAAAACAGUAGACGCAGACACUGGCGUUAACGCUCUAGUCGAGUACUCAGUGAUUCCUGGAAAUGUACCUGAAGAAGAACUCCAAAAAGGCCGAGUUAGCGAUGGUAUUAAACAUUUCAAGAUGAAAUCGUCUAAUUCUGGUGAAAUAGUACUGCAAAGUGGCCUGGACUUUGAAAAAGUUCAAAAAUAUUUCGUAACAGUACAAGCAAUGGACCGAGCCAAAAACGCUGACGAUAGACUAACUUCGACUACAACACUUACAGUGAUGGUAAAAGAUGAAGACGACCAGGAUCCGUCAUUCAACUAUCAAGGAUGUACAGUUCAAGACGGAGCAUGUAUAAAUCCAGAAUACUAUACCACUGUUGCUAGUGGUGUGAAUUCCGGAGUCCUUACAAUAAAACCAGAAAAAAUACAAGCUGUAGAUAUGGAUUCAUUGAAUUACCCCAUCAAGUAUUCGUUUAUUGAUGGCUCACCAUCGUACUACACUGAAUAUUUCACUAUUGAUCCUCAGUUCGGUACAGUAAAACAAAUCAAAGCAGUAGAUACAAGUUUAACAAAAAGAUUUUCAAUUACUGUCAAGGCUGAAGAAGAAUCGUCUAACCAUAGAUCAACUACAGCUAAACUAUACAUAGAUGUAAAACCCGUUGAUAUCAAUCCACCUAUAAUUCAUAGUUCUGCUAUCGAUGAAGGAUAUGGAUUUGUUGAAGAAAAUUCACCUAUUGGUACAAAGGUCUUAGAUAAAAAUGGACACCCAAUUGUUUUAACAAUAACCGAUGAUGAUUUAGGUCCGAAUGAUCCUAAAGUAUCGUACUCAUUUGAACUUACCACUAAUUCAUUUAAUGUGGACUCCGAUGGUUAUAUAUAUGUUAACGAAGAAAAAUUAGAUAGAGAUCCACCGAAUCCAGGAAAAUACCGUUUUCAGAUCGUAGCUAGAGAAAUAAAUGGACAUGCUGGUAGUAUUCCGUACUCAAUGACAGUAUUCCUGAAAGAUGUAAACGAUAAUCCUCCACGUAUGCCAAUGCUGUCUCCGAUCACUAUACAAGCAGGAAAUUCUAGAAGACAACUUGUCCAAAUUAAAGCAGUAGACAAUGAUGAAGGUCAGAACGCUAAUGUGUCUUACAGUAUAUAUCACGUGUCCAAUCAAGGUCAUACUAAAUUCCAUAUCGAUCCAUUAACCGGAUGGAUUGAAACUACAGGUCGAAUGAUGGCUGGAGAUCAAUACAGUAUAACUGUCCAAGCAACUGACUCUGGAGGUUUAUAUACUCAAAGUAUUGUUGAAGUUAUGGUAAUAGCUGGGCCCAACACUAAAUCUCCAGUAUUUUCACAAUCUUCAUACGAAGUGACUGUUAGUGAAGGAUCGCCAAUUAAUACAACAGUAAUUCCAUUGAAAGCCAUUGACCCAGAAAACGACCCUAUAACUUAUUCAAUUUUAUCGGGCAACGACUUAAGGCAGUUUUCUAUUGGUGAAAAAAGUGGAAUUGUCAGUGUAAUAAGAAAAUUAGACCGCGAAGAACUCACGCGUUAUCAAUUGCUAAUCAAAGCACAAGAUGAAGGUGGACUUUCCAGUACAACAACAUUAAAUAUCAAAAUUAGUGACAUUAAUGAUAAAAACCCGGAAUUUAUUGGAGCUCCGUAUGAGUUUACAGUGAAUGAAGGUAUUGAUGGAGCCCCAGUUGGCCAAGUUGAAGCUGUGGAUGGAGAUGAGGGAAUAAAUGCAAUAGUACAUUAUUCAUUACCCGAUGAUCUACCAUUUUUAAUUGAUGCAAACACAGGACAUAUACGUACUGCCACAGCACUGGACUAUGAAAAGAACAAUGAGUACAAAUUUGUAGUGACUGCUAAAGAUGGAGCAUCAGAUCCACGUAUUGGAACUGCUUCUGUAACUGUUUCCGUUAAAGAUGUUGAAGAUGAAAUCCCAAUUUUUCAUAAAACAGUGUAUGAAGCCAAAGUACCAGAAAAUGCUCCGGAUUUCCUAGUUACCCAAGUACAUGCUGAUGAUCCUGAUACAGUAAAACGAAUCACAUAUGUGAUAAAACAAGGACCUUCGGAUUUAUUUAGUAUUGAUCCAAAUACUGGAACUGUAAGGACACUACGAGGUCUAGAUUAUGAGAAGGACAGUCAACAUACCUUAAUUAUUGGUACAUUAGAAAAUCCUAAUCAUACACCUGGUGCCACAACGAAAGUUAUUGUAAACGUUGAAGAUCGAAAUGAUAUACCACCGGUGUUUCUUACUAUACCGUCACCAGUAACACUUGACGACGAUGUAGCCAUUGGAACUAAAGUUACAACACUUUUAGCUACAGAUUCUGAUGGAACAUCUCCUGGAAAUAAGGUUCGUUAUGAGUUAAGCGGCCGUGGAAAAGCAACCAAAUAUUUCCACAUAGACCCUGAUCUCGGUGUUCUAUACGUACGCGGAGAUCUACAGAAAGAACCUGAUAAUGAAUACCAGGUGGAUGUAAAAGCGUAUGAUCUGGGUGAGCCACAGCUUUCGUCAGUGACUUCAGUAACAAUAUUUGUUCGACGUGUUACAACUCCGAUACCAGAAUUAGGAAUGGGAUUCUCCGAUGACUCAUACAACGCUCGAGUCUUAGAAUCGGCUGUUGCUGGUACCUUGGUUAAGGUUCUCACAGUCGUACACCCAAGACCGUCACAACCAUAUCCUCUAGUUUGUACAAUAGUUUCCGGAAAUUCAGAAGAUGUGUUUACAAUAAACGUUACGACUGAGAAAAAUUGCGAAGUGCGUUUAAAAGAUACAAAAUUAGAUCAUGAACACGCAGAGAGUUAUCAACUGAAAAUACGUCUUGAUACGCUUGCUGGAGUCGUUAACCCGACUAAAAGUACAACUAUGCUGAACAUUCAAAUAAUCGACAUCAACGACAAUGUGCCUACAUUUGUAUACCCGGAAAGCAGCAAACGAUACGCCAAAAAUGCGUACUUCGGUGCCAUUGCUAGUGACAAAGAAAUAGGCAGCACGGUUUUGCAAGUUAAAGCAGAAGAUUUGGACGGUGGUAAACUGGGUGACGUGAGAUAUGAAUUGACCGACGACGAGGAUCAAAACUCAACGGAAGGUCCUUAUUUCGCGGUCGAUUCGAAAACAGGGAUCAUAAGAACUUUGAGGACAUUAACCGACGUUCCAUCGCGGGAUUUGCCGUUUAGACUCGUAAUUACUGCUCGUGACAACCCAGGGGCCACAAAUCCUAGCGAUUUCAACACGGCUCAAGCACACGUAGUCAUUAACGUAAUCAAAGAGCAAAACCGCAUGGUAAUGGCGAUCGACGGCACUCGUCCAGACGUCGUUAAGUCGUCUGAAAACAAAUUGAUAGACGUGUUAGAAAAAAAAUUGCAGCUCAUCGUAGGCAGUGAGAAGGUUUCUGCAAAACAGUACCGACGAAAAGACAAUCUUACCAUCGAGACAGAUUCUGGUUCGACCGAUUUCUGGUUUUAUGUUGUAGACCCAGCCAGCGAAAUGAUUUUGGAUCGAAACAAUACCAGAGUGACCAGAUCGAUACUGAACAAAGAUUCCGUCACAAACAUAACAAUGGCGAUUGUCGACAAACUAUCAAUUACCGCGUCGGAUAUUCAUUCCCCUUUGCAACAACUGAACUUCGUCACUCGAACUCAAGCCGCGAGCGUCAAUGUCCAAUGGACCGUAUUCCCGUACACUUUGAUCCUGAUGGCCGCCCUCAUACUGGUGCUGGGCAUCGCUGGUAUAAUUUACAUUAGCGUGUCGUGGUCUAGGUAUAAGGCGUACAAAGAAAGGAUGGCCAGGAUGUACGUCACGCAACGUUACGACCCGGUGUUCAUCGAGCCGAACAUGAAGGAAUACGAGGUACAGGUUCUCCAAAUGAGCGUGCCGAUUGAUGACAACGACAGUUACAACGACUUGCAACUAGACUUUAGUCGCAAGAACCACACAUUUAGUUUGGACAACGUCGGGUACAUAACCAAAGAGAACGUCGACAGCAUCGACGGACACAGCCCCGUGAGCUCGGAAGCAGCGACCACGGCCAGGACGUCGAGCGUGGGCCGGAACCGCGCGAAUGGCACCAGCACGUUCGGCCGCACGAACAUGGCGUUCGACUCGACGGGGGACGCGGAGUCCUCGAUCGCGGCGGCCGCCGCCGUCACCAGUCCCACCAACGACAACGUGACGUUCAGGGAGAAGAAGGAAUUCGGACGUCCCAUGCACAACGGCAACGGACUGACCACGUUCAACCGUAAGGACGUGGAGGUGACCACCGAACUGUAGUGGCCAUCAUCGUCCCGCCGUCCUCUCUCGUCGUGUUCGUCCGCGCCCUGUCCGUGCAGCGGACACCCACAGCGAAGUCGUCUGCGCAACGUAAACGACAGGAGUCCAGGACACACGAUCACACCCCCGCGUUCACCGUCCAUCGUUCGACAUAUUCGAAUCGACCGAUUCCUCAACCCGGUACCUACGAUGUCCUGCGCCACGGCGUCACACCACUGUGAUGCCCGACGACCGCGUUACGAGGCCGUACGCGCGACGAACAACUGUCUUUCCUUCCGUUUUCUUCUCUACACACGUAUAAUAUAACCACCGGCGAGUAUACGCGACAUGGCGUUACACGGUCGCGGGCGGUUCACUGCGGGUUCUGGACCGGUUGCGCCGACCCAAUUUUCGUGUGCCGAGGGACCACCAGUCGGACGCGUACCAAACACCCCCACCCACACGCAUAACGAUAUUCUCUCGCGCCGCCAAUGUUCUGUCGUCGUCUUCGUAAUUAAUCUUGACCCAACUAUAACGCGGCGCUGCCGAAUCGGUUGCCGUAUCGGCCGUCCGUCACGAUUUCAACAAAUGCGUCAACGCAUGUAAUUCGUUUGGAAAUCGAACGGGCACGCGAUCAGCGCCACUGUACCCAAUCAAAAUACACCGUACCAAUACCGUAGCUAUUCAUGUGUAUCAUAAUGCGUUGUACUUCUAAUGUUACGUACCACUUCGCGUGCCGUAGGUACACGGCCGGCGGAAUGUAACGCCGCCGCGACGAUCAUGCUCCCCGUGGCGAAAUCGACGAUCUCUCGUACGGCUUGCAAGUGCGAACGAGCUGAACAGGCGAUUAAAAAAAAAGAAAAAAAACCAGAAUUUAUUUUUUCUAGUUCUAAACUCGCAUUGACGUUUGAAGUUGUUGGAAAUAUAUUCGUGUUCGUAUGCGCACUCGUUACCGAGAAAAUUCAAAAUUUUCGGCGCGCAAGCUAGCGAUCGUGACUCCCAUUCCGCUGGUCGCGCGAACAUAAUAAUAUUGUGAAUAAGAAUUACGACUUAACUUCACACCCCUCUCUCGCGUUGAAUGUGUAUACCUUUACGCGGUAAAAGCCCAACAAUUCUCGUCCGCGAUAUAAUAGAAACGACUCGCCCCAAGUAAACAUUUUACUGCGCGUCCGUGGGAACACCGAUUAAAGCGUCAGCCGUCCGAUAACCCAUCAUCUUCAGAACAAUAUUGCUUUUUAAUAAUUAAAAAAUAUAAAUAAAUAGUUUCAUUAUUUAUAACAGUAGUCCUACAAAAACAUAUUAAAUAGACGAAUAGUACUUUUACCAAAACUAUGAAUAAUUGUGUUGUACUUCGUAGGUACACGCAUGACUACCAUAAAUCAAUAAAGAUCAACAUUUUUUGACUACCACAACUAUAAUAAAUUUUCUUCGGUCUUUAUGCACAUUUAUUAUACCAAACAUCAAACAACAAUUUCUAACUUCUAAUUCGUGGAAUACUUUAAAUUAAAAGAAAAAACACUGUUAAUAUUUUACUGAAUCAAUAAUACAUCAAUAUAAUAUAAUACGGAAUCUCGUCUGGACAAGGAAUAUUUUCACACAGUUAAAUAAUAUUGUUUUGCAUUAUUUUUCUGGAAUUCGUUCAAGAUCCUUUAAAUUUGUGUAAAAUUAACAUAAUUAUUCUUUAAAAAAUAAAAUUUGAACAUUAAAUAGAGCUAACAUACGUUUUAUGUAAAACGUUUCUAAAAAAUCCUAUUAAACCUUGAAAUGAAUACAUUCUAAGUAUGAAAGUAUAUUAUAGGAACAUGAAGUUUUUAACUAUGAAUUGCA